GCCCGGACUUGGGACGAAGCUGACGCAUCGUCAUCCGCUCUCUUUUAUGGCGUUAGUCGUGACUGUCGUCAUUUGAGUGCCAUAUAGAAAAAGAACUGUGGUGUGUUAUCGUGCGCGUGUGUGAAAUGAGUGUGUCCAACCAAUGCCAUAAGGACCAUUUCGAUGGAACUGACGGGAGCGAUUCUGACGCGACGACGACGUCAUCGACGGAGCAUUUGACGCGGGAAGAGAAGCUUUACGUUCUGCGUCACACGCCGCGUCAGGAGCCGCAAGGUCAGGAGAGCAAAGGCUGGCAGCAGCAACAACGUCGAUCGCCCAGCUGCCGCAGCUGCAGCGGACUGCAACUUGCACAGCAGCAACAGCGCAGUGGCAGCGUCAACCGGCUAGAGCAGUCGCUGAACAAUAGCGGCGGUGGGGGACCCGAUCCGGCUUCCUCUUGUCGGACGCUCAUCAUUCACGGUAGCCUCUCGGAUGAAAGCUGGGCAAGGUUGGCUGGAACAGGAUCGAUACCCGAUUUGGGACUGACCGCUUCGACACACUAUCUAACCAGCACACCCAAAACGCCACCGUUUCGACCGGCGUCGUCAGAUUGCAACGACGACGCAGACGAUCUUUUGCUGUUGGGUAGUGCAGAUCGUCGUAGACGUCGAGGAGGUCAUCAUCCCCCACCUCCGCCACCCUCACCUGGUGUUGGGGGAUUCACCACCCGGAGUUUGCCGCGUUCUGCCAAAGAUUUCAGUGCUCUUUCUACCUAUCAGCGCCAUCAUCCGUCAUCUCAUCUGACCAGUUUAGCUUCACUGUACCAGGAAGAGCAAGACAACCCAGAGUUGGAUCAUCAUGAUGGAUGCUGUGAACGGAGGAAGCAGUUGAAAAUGCUCCAGGGCCUGGCCCGUGAAAUGAACUGGAGUUUGCCCAUUACGACGACGACGACACUAACACCCGGGACUAACGAUAGCUGCUAUCCAUUAUCCAUAGAGGAAAGUGGGGAAGGCGCCUGUUCGGCCCUGUCCAUCAGUGACACGCUCCUCAACGAUCAUCAGACGUUGCAAACUCCUUCGUCGUAUACAAGAGAUUUUACGUACUUGAGUAAACCACCACCUGCUUAUCCGCGGAAUAAAAGCGUUGCAAGUGGUACAACAACAGCUUUGCCAGUCGACAACGGCGCUACAAAUGGAAGCACUUGUAGUAGCCGAAAUUCGUCCUCAUCUUCUUGCCGACGAAUUAAAAUCCGGAGGGCUCUUUCCCGUUCACAUCCUGAUUUGUCCAAAUUGGGUAAAGAACUUGGCUGGAACAAGAGCAGUGCUGGAACCACUGAUUCUAGUAAUACCUGCAGAGCGUUACGUCACAAAAACGAGUCAGCCACUACUGAAGAGGCCCACACCAAAACGGAAAAGACCCAGAUCGAUCCAUCAGUUGAAGUUGCAUCUAUUCCGGAGGAUGCAAACAGAAAAGCAGCAUCAGCUUUAGCUGAAGGAGACAUGUUGGUGAGGCGAGAUGAUUCCGAAGCGGUGUGGAGCACGCCGGAACUAGUCGAUGCCAUUUUGGAAGAGAAUUUCAAAUUGCGCCAACAAGUGCAGAAUCAUCAGGAUCACAUUGCCAAACUGCAAAAAUUCGAAAAGGAAUUGAGUGCAGUACAGUCCGCUCAUCAGGCACUGGUCAGAUCCUCUGAGCGGAAAGAGUCCCUCGAACAAUCCGCUCGAAUUCGUCUUGAAGCCGAAUGGCGUCGUUCACAGGAAUUGAACACAGCACUGCGCAAUCAAGUUGAGCUGUUGACAUCACAGUUGGCGCUCAGAAGUGCCUCAGUAACUUCUCUUGGCAGCGCCACCGAGUCCGCUUCCGCUGCCGACUGGCAAAAUCAAAUUGCUCGUCGCGACGCACUCAUUGCCCAACUUGUUAGCCAAAAUAAAGAGCUAAUGACUAACAAGGAGCGACAAGAUAUAGAACUUUGCGCUCAAAAAGCAACGUUACAGCAGCAGAGAUCGCAUAUUGAAAUUUUGGAGUCAGCCUUGGGGCGUGCCCAGCAACAUGUUAAUCGAUUGGAGGACGAUUUUCGACGACGGUGUAAUGGUGACUCGAGGCAUCUUUUGGUUUCCGCUGGUGUCGAUUCUAGUGCGACAGCUCAAACAGAACCGGCGGCUCAUAGAGAAUUGGCGAAUAUGGAAAUUAGAAUUCGAGAUUUGGAGGCCAAACUGAGCGAAAAGGAAAUGCUGAUACAUUUGCUUCAGCGUGCCUCCAUGGAUCGUGAAAUAGCAUUCGGAGCCACGAGAGGACUACCCGAAUCAGUCUCCCUGCUCAAUAGAUAUCCCAGCCAACAGCAACAGUCUAGUCAACCGCAACAUGAGAGCCAUCCUACCACAAAUCUCGCAACGACAGUGGUAAAAGGCACAUGGUCGGGAAGCAGCGGCUUGUCCAGCCUACCUAGUAGCUCACGAGGAAGUGCCAUUAGUGUCGCCAGCAAUAAUAGCCCUGCUCGCAACAAGGCACUGUCAUCAACCGCCAAUGCUCCAAACGCUUCUGCCGCAACUGAUGCGAAUCCAUCGGUCGCUAGUCAAAAUAAUGGGGGCACCGAGGCGACUCAAAGUCUUGACAAUCAAUUACGCGCCCUUGAUCGGUUCUACCAAAACAAACAAUCACUGAUUCAGGCUUUGCAGUCGGAUAAGGAACGCUUCCCUAAUAACUAUUGGCCUUCUUAACAGAAUAGAGUCGGCCGUUUACAGAAAUCUGUUAAAUCAUCAAAUUUUCUUUCUCUUAUUCUCCACCCGUCUGCCUAUCUAUCUUCCUAUGAAAAAUGAAAAGUAAUCAAAGGUUUCUAAGUUUUAAACACUCAAAAGACUGUUUGUGGAAUGCGUCUUUGACUUUAUGUGGUUGAAAAAUGCAAUCGUUUUUCUGACUCUC